AUGAGUUAUAAGGCUAACCAACCAUCUCCUGGGGAGAUGCCGAAAAGGUCACCUUCCAUCCUGGUGACAGAUGCAAGAACAUCCAAGAAUAGAAUGAGUGCACCGUUCGCUGGACACGCUGCUGGUAGUAGGAAGAAUAUGGAAAACGCAGGAGUUACGAAGUCUCAAGGAGUUCGCUCUUCCGCUAUUGGCCCUUCUCCGCUGCAGAGUUUUACUCAUCCAAGAAGGCGAUCGUCUGGCAGGUUUAGCGAUAUAUCCAUAGAUAAUAUUCUUUCUGAUAAUUCAGAUAUUCCCUCUGCCAGAAGAGAGGAAAGGCUAUCCAGCUCUUCAAGCGAUAGGCCUCGCCAAUAUGAGCGGUUAAGUUCGCGUAGAAAGAUGAUCAAUCCCCUGCCUCCAAGAACAUCGAAGACGUCACAAAAGUUAGUGUUGAUACCGGAAGACGACAACUUGAACCACUUUCAAACUCUACCAACGAACGCGCUGGAUAGGCAAAGACCGAAAGUGGGCUCUAUGAAGUCUAAUUCCUUCGAUCGGCUACCUCGAUACUCAAAAGAAAAGUCCAUGGCAAGAAUCACCGCAUAUAAUGUUGCUGAUGGCUUCAAUCUCAACCAAUUGUAUAAGUUUCUGCAGGAAACUCAUGAGGUUUCACCAAGAUUGUAUGAUGAGUGUCUAUACGUUGCGUAUACUUUGCCACUUCUACCAGGUAAAGGCGGUUUUAGAAUCAAAUCAAAUUUAUCUAAGAAAACAAUGGGUGGAAAGACAUUAAUUGAUAAUUUAAUUGAUACAAGCGAACAGAGAGAUCAUCAUUAUGAAUAUUACUCAGGUGUGGAAACUGUGGAAGAUGCAAAUAAUAAUUACGAACUAGAAACCAGUGGAAAUAACAAUAACGCUAAUCAAGACACCACAACAGUUCCCGAUCAUCUACCAAAUCCAGUUGGUCAGCAAGACUCUUUUAAUCCUAUGGAACCACAAUUUUUUGCGGAAGAAACUCCCUUAGAGAUAGAGAAACGGGAAAGGACAGAAAGAAUAAACAUGCUGAAGAAGGAGGAAAACGACAGUGAUGCAAGUUGUGGCAACGAUAAUAAUAAUAAAAAUAAUGAUAAGAGUAAACUUUAUGCUGUUGAGGGAAACGAUCAGUAUGUACAGUCCUCUCGUUCACCAGCUUCGCCAUCAUCAAUAUCUACGCCAUCGCCACCAUCUUCAUCACAGAAUGAUUUUGAUCGUGUAUAUAAAAUGCAUAGGGACAACGACCAUGAAGGCAAUGAUAGACAUGCAGAAAUUUUCAUUUUUCACUAUGGCGUUAUUGUUUUUUGGAACUUUACUGAAAUUCAAGAGAAAAAUAUUCUUGGUGAUAUAACAUUUGCAGAUUAUAAGAAUUUAAUGAUCCGGCCGCUGGAUGAACAAGAUAUUGAAACUGAACAAUUCCAUUUCGAAUAUGACAGAGAUACCGAGAGACCGAGAAUUUUCAAUGAUAUUGUCACAUUACGUUCAGGUGACCACAUUAUCGAGCUGACACUAUCACAUGCGAUUGCGCAAUCUUCGAAAUUAUCAAGGUUUGAAUCCAGAAUUUCGCCGAUUUUAAUAUCAGUCACAAAACUACCUAAAAGACUAGCAUUAUAUGGUACCCUUGGGUUAAAAAGGGAACAGCUUUUGAAAAAAUCAGGGAAGCUCUUUAAAUUGAGAGUGGAUGUUAACCUUUCAUCCACCAUAUUGGAUACACCCGAGUUUUUUUGGUCGUUCGAACCAAGUUUGCAUCCACUGUACGUGGCAAUGAGGGAGUAUUUAGAAAUUGACCAAAGAGUACAAGUAUUAAAUGAUCGUUGCAAAGUUUUCUUGGAAUUCUUUGAUAUAUGCGUUGACUCUGUUGCUGAAAGAAACAUGGCUCGUGUUACAUGGUGGUUUAUUCUUGUCAUUUUAUUUGGAGUUAUAUUUUCAUUAACAGAGAUUUUCGUUCGUUAUGUAAUUAUUCAUCGUCAUACUUCUACAUAG